ACUCUUUCCUUUUCUCCCCCUUCUCAACCUUCUCUCUCCCCUCAAACAAUCAAAAAAAGUUUCACCUUUUCAUAUAUAUUGCUACUAAAUUCAAUCAAAAUUCGGUUUUGUUUCUCUCUGUAUAUAAUAUAACUACAGAUUUGGAUAAUCACACCUUAAAUUUUCCCUCCUCGAAUUCCCCAAACCCCAAUUUCUAGUUUUUUUCUUGUGUAAUUGUGAUCAAAAUUCGAUUUUGUUUCUCUUUUUGUAUAUAAUUAUAGAUUUUGAUAGUUGGGUUGGGGGGGAUUUUUUUUGAAAAAUUUGAAGAAAAAAGAUGAGUUUUCAAGAUUUGGAAUCGGGUCGGACUUUGGGUUCUAGAAGGUUCCACACAAAUGGGAAGCAAGACCCGACCCAAGCAGUGGCGUCUGGAAUUUUCCAGAUCAAUACUGCUGUGUCUACGUUUCAGAGGCUAGUGAAUACACUUGGUACCCCUAAAGAUACCCCUGAGCUAAGGGAGAAGUUGCACAAGACAAGGGUACAUAUUGGGCAGUUAGUCAAAGAUACAUCUGCUAAACUUAAGCAAGCAAGUGAAACAGAUCAUCAUGCUGAUGUCAGUGCUAGCAAGAAAAUAACGGAUGCAAAACUCGCCAAAGAUUUUCAAGCUGUCUUGAAAGAGUUUCAAAAGGCUCAAAGACUUGCAGCAGAGAGGGAGACAGCAUAUACACCUUUCAUUCCUCAAGCAGUUCUUCCUUCUAGUUACACAGCCAGUGAGGUAGAUGUUGCUGCCGAUAAGAGUCCAGAACAGCGAGCACUCCUUGUGGAAUCAAGAAGACAGGAGGUUUUGCAUUUGGACAAUGAGAUUGCCUUCAAUGAAGCUAUUAUUGAGGAAAGAGAUCAGGGAAUACAAGAAAUACAACAACAGAUUGGUGAAGUCAAUGAGAUUUUCAAGGAUCUUGCCGUGCUUGUUCACGAGCAAGGAACUAUGAUUGAUGAUAUUGGCUCCAACAUUGAGAAUUCUCAUGCUGCUACUGCACAGGGGAGAUCUCAACUUGCUAAAGCUGCAAAGACCCAAAGAUCAAAUUCAUCUCUGACCUGCUUGCUCCUGGUGAUAUUUGGAAUCAUUCUCUUAAUUGUGAUCAUAGUACUUGCAGCAUGAUCAGAAGAUUUUGAGAUGGAGGAAAGGAUCCUAAUCUCUUCAGCAGUGAAGUGAUUUUUGUGAUUCAAGAUGUUCUGAAGACACCAUAGCGUAUGCUCAUGCCGGUGCAUGAAUCUUUUAUCAUACUAGAAAUGUUGUGUAACUGUGACAUGAAGUUUCAUUAGCUGGUGGUAGUUGGAGGGGGAGGG